AUGAAGGCAGCCACGGCCCCUCCUCUGAGUUCCUCCUGCGCCGCUGCCACGUCAGGUGGGAGAGGGGUGUGCGGGGGCGCAGGGGCGGUGGAGGCUGCGACCCGGAGGUGGGAGGACUCCGCGCGCUGGGGGGGGUCGGAGGCUCGGUUAUCCCCGCCCACCGCGGGGCGGGGCGGGGCGCAGGCUCCGCGGCUCCGGGACCGCGCGCUCCUGGAAGCACCACCCGCUCCUCCGCGGCGCGGGCCCCUAGCGGAGCCUCCCAGGCUUCCUGGGCGCCUGCCCGGCCCGCGGCCGCCUCCUCCUUCCCCAGCCCUGCGGGGCCUGCCGCAGUCGCAGGCAGCGGAGCAGCGCGGAGCGCCCAGACCCCUGGUGGCGGUCCGUUCUCACCGACGACGCCCACCCAGCCUCUGCUCAGGUCCCUCCCUCAGGCCUCCCGCGCAUCCCACCUCGUCCUCCGGAGCCCCUCGCGCCUGACGUCCUCGCCCUCCGCCCCCUGCC